AUGAAAAUUCAAGAAGUGGUGAGCACUACCAAAGAACAGCGUGUUGCUACCCAUUCCCAUAUCAAGGGUCUUGGUCUGGUCGAUGAUGGUACAGCGCUUCAUAUUCAUGGUGGAUUUGUAGGUCAAGAAAAUGCCAGAGAGGCGGCAGGUGUGAUUGUGGAUCUCAUCCGAACAAAAAAGAUGGCUGGUCGUGCAGUGCUUUUUGCCGGAGCUCCUGGUACCGGAAAGACAGCUCUCGCCCUUGCACUUUCUCAUGAGCUAGGUGCCAAAGUUCCGUUUUGUCCCAUGGUAGGAAGUGAGGUAUAUUCGAGCGAGAUUAAAAAAACGGAGGUGCUAAUGGAGAAUUUCCGUAGAGCCAUAGGUCUUCGGAUCAAAGAAGUUAAAGAGGUUUAUGAGGGCGAGGUAACCGAGCUUACUCCUGUCGAGACUGAAAAUCCAUUGGGUGGUUAUGGAAAAACAGUAGCACAUGUCGUCAUUGGGUUGAAGACAGUCAAAGGCUCAAAACAGCUCAAGCUAGAUCCAGUGAUUUAUGAGAGUAUACAAAAGGAAAAGGUUGCGGUCGGAGACAUCAUUUUUAUUGAAGCUAGCAAUGGCGCUGUCAAGCGUGUUGGCCGAUCCGAUGCAUUUGCUACUGAAUUUGACUUGGAAGCUGAAGCUUAUGCCCCACUUCCAAAGGGUGACGUGCACAAGAAGAAGGAAAUUAUUCAGGAUGUCACACUACAUGAUUUGGAUGUAGCUAAUGCCCGUCCACAGGGCGGACAAGACAUUAUGUCUGUGAUGGGCCAGCUUUUGAAGCCCAAAAAAACUGAAAUUACUGACAAACUUAGGAAAGAAAUUAACAAAGUUGUCAAUAAAUACAUUGAACAAGGCGUGGCAGAGCUGGUCCCUGGUGUACUUUUUAUUGACGAGGUCCAUAUGCUGGACAUUGAGUGCUUUACGUAUCUUAACCGUGCUCUUGAGUCCUCACUCUCUCCAAUUGUGAUUUUUGCUACUAACCGUGGUAUCUGCACUAUUCGUGGAUCAGACGGAAUCGUUGCACCCCAUGGCAUUCCUGUCGAUCUUCUCGACCGUCUACUGAUUAUUCGUACUUUGCCAUACACACUUGAGGAGAUAGCAGUGAUUGUUAGUAUUCGUGCAAAAACAGAGGGCAUUGCUCUUUUGGAUGAAUCUGUUCAAGAUCUUGCCAAAAUAGGAGCAAAGUCAUCGUUGAGAUAUGCCAUUCAACUAUUGACGCCAGCCAGUAUUCUUUCAAAGAUUAACGGAAGGGAGCAAAUCAAUUCUAGUGAUAUUGACGAAGCCAACGCACUAUUCUAUGAUGCCAAGACUUCUGCGCACAUGCUUCAGGAGUCAAAGGACAAGUAUAUUGUUUGAAAUGAGAUUUGAAUUUUGUGAAGCUUUUUUACAGCUGUAUUCACGUAAAAUGGAACACUUAUAUUUAUCUUGCAACGAUGAUUUCUUCAAAAUAAAUAAUGGU